UCAGCUUGGUUCAGACAACUAACAAUUGUAUCGCGAGAGUGUAGGUGGCAUACCUCCUGUCUGUACUGAAAUCUGCUGGAAGAGGUUUUUUCCAAUUGUUGGUUGAUUGUUGAAGAACGAGAUCGCUCGGUUUAUUUGAUACAGAAUGUCGAGUACGGGCGUCAACGGUGGAGCGACGAAGCCUAGACAGAGAAAGGCAACCAAGGAAGCCGUGCCGGUUGAGCAGGUUGAGGAGGUCAAGGUCCACUCUUCCACGACAGGCGAGGAUGAGCCCUCGUUAGAGACGUUAGAGAAAAUCUUUGCCCCGCUGCUGUUCACGGUCCUCGCGUUCAUGACCCGGAUGUACAAGAUCGGCGUGUCUGACAUUGUAACCUGGGACGAGGCCCAUUUUGGCAAAUUCGGUUCGCAUUAUCUCAAGCGCGAGUUCUACUUUGACGUGCACCCUCCGCUCGGCAAGAUGCUUGUCGGCCUCUCUGGAUAUCUGUGUGGGUACAACGGAUCCUUUGAGUUCAAGUCUGGCGAGAAGUACCCAGAAGAGGUGAAUUAUACGUUCAUGCGGGUGUUCAACGCGACGUUUGGAGCGCUGUGUGUGCCGAUUGCGUAUUACACCGCCAAGAGCUUGCGGUUCUCGACCGCGGCGACCUGGCUCGUGACGCUGAUGGUUCUGUGCGAAAACUCGUACGCGACGAUCUCGCGGUUCAUCCUGCUGGACUCGAUGCUCAUGUUUUUCACCUUCACGACGUUUCUCGGGCUCGCCAAGCUGCACACGUACCGGAACCAGCAGUUUUCGAAAGGGUGGUACUUUUGGAUGACGUUCACUGGCGUGAACAUUGGGUGCGUGACUAGUGUGAAGUGGGUUGGUAUGCUGACUACGGCUUUGGUGGGAAUCUACACGAUCCAGGAGCUGUGGGAGAAGUUUGGAGAUCUCAGGAUGCCGUUUACUACGUACAUGAAGCACUGGGCAGUUCGGGUUGUGUGCCUGAUUGUGAUUCCCAUGGCGAUCUACAUGCUGUCGUUCAAAGUGCACUUUUUGAUUCUGGAAAACAGCGGACCGGGAGAUGCGCAGAUGUCGUCGCUGUUCCAGGCUAACUUGAAGAACUCGCCGUUGACAAAGGGACCGCUGGACGUGGCGAUGGGGUCGAAGGUUACUAUUAAGAAUAUGGGAUACGGCGGUGGAUUGCUGCACUCGCACGUGCAGACAUAUCCCGAGGGAUCUGAGCAGCAGCAGGUUACGUGCUACCACCACAAGGACACGAACAAUGACUGGGUGUUUAUUCCGAUUCGGACCGAUCCGCCGUACGACCACAAGGGUGAUAUCCGGUACGUCAGCUCAGGAGACCGCGUGCGGUUGAUCCACGACAUGACGGGUCGGAAUCUGCACACGCACAAGAUUGCGGCGCCGGUGACGAAGCACCAGUGGGAGGUGUCGUGCUACGGAAACGACACGAUUGGCGACGAGAAGGAUAACUGGAUUGUGGAGGUUGUGAAGGACACGCACAAGGACGGCAAAGUGCACACGCUGACGUCGACGCUGCGGUUCCGGAACGAGCCGCUGGGAUGCUAUCUGCGGGCGGCGAACGUGGCGCUGCCGCAGUGGGGAUUCAAGCAGGUUGAGGUGACGUGCGCGCCGGACACGGUUGUGUGGGACCGCUUCACGCACUGGAAUAUCGAGCAGCACACGAACGACCGGCUGCCGCCUGCGGACACGCGGUCGUACCGGUCGCCGUUUUUGAGAGAUUUCGUGCACUUGAACGUGGCGAUGAUGACGUCGAACAACGCGCUUGUGCCGGAUCCCGACAAGCGGGACGAUCUGGCGUCGCGGCCGUGGCAGUGGCCGCUGCUGAACGUGGGGCUGCGGAUGUGCGGCUGGGGCGACGAGUCUGUGAAGUACUAUCUGCUGGGUAACCCGGUUGUGGUGUGGGGUUCGACGCUGUCGGUGGUGGUGCUUGCGUUGCUGACGUUUGUGUAUAUUUGCCGAUGGCGACGGCAGUAUAAGGACAUGACGGGUGAGCAGGUGGAGUAUUAUGUGUACUCGGGGAUCUACCCCGCGCUCGGGUGGGCGCUGCACUACUUCCCGUUCAUUCUGAUGGCACGCGUGACGUACGUGCACCAUUACCUGCCGGCGCUGUACUUUGCGAUCAUGACGUUCGGGUUUGUAUUUGACUACGUGACGAGCACGUUGAUGAGUGGGCGGGCGAAGAAGUACGGCCGGCCGGUCGCGUACCUGGCGAUGUACGCGGUUGUGGUGGGGCUGUUUUGGGAGUUUUCACCAAUUUCGUUUGGGAUGACUGGAAGUCACGAGCAGUACGGAUACUUGAAUUGGUUGAGUACGUGGACGAUCUAGUAGGUGAAGAAGAAGAAGAACAAAAAGAGGGAAUGUAAAUGUGCAGAGUAGUCGUUAGAAUUGCAAGUAUGUUUUUUAAAAUAAGGAUAGCGAGGAAUGCAGGGUGACGCGUAAGUAGGCGAGUCAGCAGGAAAGAUAGGAACGGUAGGGUUGCGUUAGU